AUGGAUAUCUCUGCCAUGGCGAAUGUCAAUCUCUCAGGUGCUGUGGGGAGUGUCGCCAUUGACCUGGUGGAGAACUGUGUGAAUCCUGACAUUCCAGGAAAUCCUGGCCUCAUGGACAUCCUCAAGACGCCCAGCAGCAAUGGGACCAUGGUGACCAUGAACGAGAAGAUUGUGGGCGAGGUGACGAGCCAAAUCACGCAGCAAUUCAACGCAUUGGGCUCCUCACAGAGUUCAGGAGUGGAAAGCCUGGGCGAUAGCAAUGCGAUAAAGAUGUUAAUUGAGACCAUCAGCAACUUCUCCAUCGAUUCUAUGAUGAUCCCCGUGGCUGACCAGAUAGCGCCCUAUGCUGGGAUGACCCUGGUGGAGGAGCUCAAUAUGUCUUUAUACACCUCGGGUGCAUGCACAGAUACUAUCGUCGAGGGGACCUCUUAUUAUGGCAUUGAGUCCUUUGCCACGAACCUCAGCAACUACUGUUGUCCAUCUGGCGCUCAAGUGGGUACCACUUGUGCCAAGUCGGUGGAUUGCACCGUUUGGGCGAACGCGCUACAAGAUCAAGCUUGCACAGCAGCCAAGAGCUAUAUGGAGAUCAAGCAGGCCCUGCGGACGGAAGUGACCUUCAAGUGCAAAGCUUUUCGAGGUUCCGAUGGAAGCAAGUGCACCAUCGAGAACAUGUUUGAGGUGAGUGGAAUCUACCAAAAUGAUUGUUUCGUGAAUGGAACCUUGGAAACCAUGGAGUACAACUGCAACCUGGAGGACUUUGCCACUCUGGUCACCAGUUUCUCGAAGCAGUUGAACCGAAGCGUGCAACGAUUGGAUGAAGUGACCGCGACAGUGCUGGCCAGCAUUGCGACCGACAUGAAGGCCUUGGUCGAGGAGAACUUGCUUCAGCCCAUUGAACAUGUGGUCGAGGGGGUCACGUGUGGCUUUAUGGCCACAAUGUAUCAGGACUUUGUCGACGGCAUGUGCUUCCGUGGCGUUUGGGGCUUCACUGCCAUCGUGGCCUCCUACGUGGCCAGUGCGGUGCUCACGAUCUUCCUGGUGAUCUUG